AUGUCCAGUGGCAUCUCCUUCCCGAGCAGCCCCGCCGAGACGAUGAUCUCCCUCGCGUUGCCCAUACUCGCUGACGAGAAACAGACGAACCCUUGGGACGGCUGCGAGAAUGAGGAUGUACCUGAAAAAAAUUCAGGCUCGUCUGGUCCGCACCUUACGAUUGCAAUAUGCCGGCGUCUGUUCUUGGUGUGCUCAUUAUCAAUACGGGUAUCUGUCUUCAUAUCCUAUGCGUUUCGGGGCAGCUCUCCAAAAAUCGCGUUCCUGGCCAUUUCGAAUCUGCUCCAGGAGCUAUGCGUUGUUCAGUGUUGUGCGGGACCUCAGUCGGUACAUCAUCAUAGCGGAAUUUACUGUGGUGCGGCCGUUUCUGGCACGGUCUGGCUGAUUCUCCUCGAUGUGCGAGCCAAAAGGGAGCUCAUCAAUGACAAGGGAACCUCAGUAGCAGCCAUUGUCCUUACCUGCAUCAUUCUGGCGUUCUUGACAUGCAUCAUUAUCUGUUCAUACCAGAAACUUCGUUUUGGGAACGGGGUACAGAUAUAUCUGGGAAAUACCCUUGUUCAUCCGGCUUCCUUCUGGUUGAUGAUCGUCCUCAGUUGCUCGCGCCCUGGGUUAAACUCCAUCCGUAGCGUCAUUCUCUCAACCACACCGUUCAGAUGUUCGUUGACUACGGUAUAUAACGUCGUUCUAUUCUUUUCCUCAAUCUUAUUUCAUCAUGCCCUCACCCGCUUCGUUACCAUCACCAUUCCCGAAAAGAUUAACUUCUCCAUCAUCUCCCAAGCUAGCGACUGGUCAACGGAAAUGAUCAAUAACCUCCAAAAGAUAUAUGGGUUCGCGGGAUCUCGACGUGUGGCUUGUUGCGAAUUGUGUCACUCCGCCGAAUACGAGGAAGACCUUUGUGACCCUUUGGUUGAUAUGGGGCUUCCAUAUAGCCCUGGUGCGGUUGUUAAUGGUGUGGAACAUCUAUUCCUUCCUGUAUCGCUACUGGCUUAUCCUGUUCUAGAUACUCGCAAGCCCGGUAAGCCGGAUAUCAUCAAGCUCACACAUCAUCUGGUGGAUGAGUUCAAGCCUGAGCGUGAUUAUGUCGCGAAAAUCACCACGACCCUCCUGCUUCCUGGCGGUCGGCUCUCCUUCAUGAAUCCCAGAGUUGGUCCGUUUGAGAUCCAUCUAACAAACAUGUCUCAGCGAUCCUCCAGCCGUUCUUCUUCUCCUGUUCCUGCCGUUGCACCUACAGCGCUUGACCCCACCAUCAUCGCCUCCGCACCUCCCGAGGAGACCUUGAAGCUCAAGUUGGACAGCCUUAAUCUUUUAUUAGCCCUGUAG